AACAGGAGAAAAGGGCCUGCAGGCAGCCAGAGAAAGGAGAGAGAGGAAACAACAAGUGACUGGAGUGGAUAUCGAAGAGCCGCUUCAGUACCUGGCAGUCAAGACAGCUGAAGACAGGGCAAUCCUGCUGGGAUUCAAUGCAAGCCUAUCGCUUUGGCAGGCCCUCUGCCACCAUGAAGACCUGGCUGAUCUUUAUAUAUCUGGCCACUGCUGUGAUAAGUAUAGGAUUGGUGACUUCAGAGGACAAUGAAAAUAACAGAAGAGAGAAUUUGAGGAAUCCAGAAGAAGGGCUAGUAGAAGCAAUUCCAGGGAAUGAGGAAACUGGUGACUUAAAAGCGGAAUCUAACACAUCAAGUAGGGAAGAAGAAAGUGAAAGCAUCACAAAUGCAUGUCAACAGGCAAGACUCCUUGGAAACCUCUUACUGGAAUGUCUGAAUGCCACAGAGCCAUCCCUUGGGGGUGCGACAGCAAAGCCCACCACAGUCCCCACCACAGAAACUACUGACAGUCACCUGCCCCAGCGAUGCCAGCCACUCAGCAGUCCAUGGUCGUCAUGUAAUGAAUCCACAGUGGAGGAUGAAUUAAAGUUGGCUGAAGCGCUAAGUGAAUUUGCAAUCGAUUUCUAUAUGGCAGCAAUUCAGUAUGAGAAGAGUGACUCCAAUCUGGUCUUCUCACCCUUCAGCAUCUCCAUGAUGCUUUCCAACCUCUUGCUAGGAGCCCGUGGACAUACCAAAGAAGAUCUCGAGAAUGUGCUCUCCUACCCUAAAGAAUUCACUUGUGUCCAUGAUGCAAUGGGUGCAUUCCGCAAAUCAGAAGCCAUGAAGGCAGCCUCUGCAAUUUUUGUCCAACCAGGUGUCAACUGGAACAGUGAUUUCUAUCGGCUGUCACAAAAAUUCUAUCGCAGUGUGCUGCGGAGCCUGACUAAUGACAGUGCCCAUGAUGUAAAUGAAAUCAAUGACUGGGUGAGAAGAAAUACUGAGCACAAGAUCAAAAGGCUCUUGGAUCAGCUGGAUUCAGAUGUCCAGAUGGUGCUCGUCAAUGCUGUCUACUUCCACUCCAAGUGGAAGACCAUAUUUAGGAGAAAAGACACAAUAAAGGAAACAUUCUACCGUCCAGGCCUCUCUCCCUCCAAGGUGUUCAUGAUGACCAGUAAGAAGUACCCAUUGGCUUCCUUCACUGACCACACCUUGCAGGCCAAG